AUGCUUAAACUGCUGAGACUUACUAGAAGAUCAUACCAUCCCAAAGUUGUUGAAUAUUACGAAAAUCCGAAAAACGCUGGGUCUUUUGAUAAGAAAAGCAAAGAAGUUGGAACUGGGGUAGUUGGAGCUCCUGCAUGCGGAGAUGUAAUGAAGCUCCAAAUAAAAGUCGAAAACGGAAAAAUAGCUGAUGCAGUUUUCAAGACAUUUGGAUGUGCAUCGGCAAUAGCUAGCUCAUCCUAUGCAACUGAAUAUAUUAAAGGCCUUAGCUUAGAUGAAGCAAUGCAGUUAAAGAACUCAGAUAUUGCAUCUUAUCUCCAUUUGCCACCUAUUAAGUUGCACUGCUCUAUGCUAGCUGAAGAUGCAGUUAAAGCUGCAGUUAAAGACUUUCAGAAAAAAAAUGAAACAGAAUAA